UUCCGCCCUCCCUUAAGAUGGCGCCGGCGGAAGGGGCGGAGUGCCGCCGAUCAGCUAUGGUGGCGUCCAGGCUGGAGCUCAACCUGGUGCGUCUGCUAUGUCGUUGCGAGGCGAUGGCAGCGGAGAUGCGGGACCCGGAAGAGUGGCGUCUGGAGAAGUACGUGGGGGCCCUGGAGGACAUGCUGCAGGCCCUAAAGGCCCAAGCGAGCAAACCGGCCUCUGAGGUGAUCAGCGAAUAUUCGCGCAAGGUGGAUUUUCUGAAGGGGAUGCUGCAGGCGGAGAAGCUGACCUCCUCCUCAGAGAAGGCACUUGCCAACCAGCUCCUGGCCCCUGGCCGCGUGCCGACCACAGCCAGGGAGAGGGUGCCCGCCACAAAGACGGUGCAUCUGCAGUCGCGGGCACGGUACGCCAGUGAGAUGCGGAGUGAGCUGCUAGGCACGGACUCUGCCGGAGAGCCUGCGCUGGAUGUGAGGAAGAGAGCUGGAGUGGCAGGGCCCAGGCCAGGAGAUGAAAAGCAGUCGGCAGCUGAGUUAGACUUCGUCCUACAACGGCAUCAGGACCUCCAGGAAAAGCUGGCAGAGGAGAUGCUAGGCCUGGCCCGGAGCCUCAAGACCAACACACUGGCCGCCCAGAGCAUCAUCAAGAAGGACAACCAGACCCUGUCACACUCACUUAAGAUGGCUGACCAGAGCCUGGAGAAGCUGAAGACAGAGUCAGAGCGGCUGGAGCAGCACACGCAGAAGUCAGUCAACUGGCUGCUCUGGGCCAUGCUUAUUAUCGUUUGCUUCAUCUUCAUCAGUAUGAUCCUCUUCAUUCGCAUCAUGCCCAAACUGAAAUAAAGACCAGCCCCACCCA